AAAUUACAAAGUAAUCAAUGGAUUAAUAUAAUAGCAGUUGCAAUUUUUUAUCAUCUCUUCACAUUUACAGGGCAGCCUCUGUUUAUGAUCAACAAGUCAACUGCAUCUUGCUACCUUGCUAUUCAUUGGAUAGUUGUAGAGUUUGCUGCAAAACUUUUCUGUCUGAGAGUGAGGAGAGAUCUGAAAAUGGCUUACAAUCUAGAGUCUCUUAUUAGAAUUCUACACCAAAUCCUGCAACCUGAUAAUAAACGCUGGAUUCUUGAUCAUAAUAAGAGGCCACAAAUGGAGUCCCUCUUGGAAAAGGCUUCUUCUUUGAAGAAGAUUCUUGAAAAGUCUUCAUCAGCAGGCGGCCCAAUGACUGAAAGUCUGAUGAGUCAAAUCACAGAUGCUGCCCUUAAAGCAGAAGACAUCAUUGAAUCCCAUACGGUGGAUCAGAGGCUCUCCAACCCUGGAGCUCAGAGCUGCACCAUUUCCCGCCAGACUUGCAGGAAGUCAUGGAAGAACUUGAUUCUGCAAUAGAUAAAUUGCAGAAGAUCGUGGAACAUGGGAGCGAUGGGAUGCGGAAUAGUUCAUUCUCUGAUGCUGUUUCAUCCACACCUGAUCCAACUUCCACGAACACUGUAGUGGGACUUGACGAGGAUUUGAUUAAGUUGAAGGAUCGACUUACCAGUCUGGAAAAUAAACUCGAGGUAAUCCCCAUGAUUGGCAUGGGGGGUAUUGGUAAGACUACCCUCGCCCGAAAUCUCUAUAAUGAUCGUCUCAUUAUUUCCCACUUUGACACUUGUGCAUGGAUUGUAAUAUCACAAGACUAUGAUGUGCGAGCUAUUCUAUUAGGCCUUCUUGCUUGCAUAGUUGGAAAGCUUACUGAUGAUAUGCUUCAACAGAAAAAUAGUCAAUUGGCAGUCACACUAUACAAGAGCUUAACUGGCAUAAGAUAUCUGGUUGUGUUAGAUGAUAUGUGGAGUACCAGAGCCUGGGAUGACGUAAGAAUGUUCUUUCCAGAUAAUAAUAAUAGAAGCCGGAUCUUGUUAACCACUAGAGAAAAGAAUGUGGCUAAUUAUGUGGGCUCAUCGAGUCAGUAUCAUCAGAUGCGUCUUUUGAACAAGUUUGAAAGUUGGAAUCUACUUCAUCAAAAGGUGUUUGGGGAAGAUAAAUGCCCUCCUGAAUUUGAAAAGAUUGAAAGAAACAUUGCAAGCGACUGCGGAGGGCUUCCUCUUGCUAUCCAUGUGAUUGGUGGGCUCCUCUCAGAAGCCAAGGGAAGAAGAGAUUUUUGGGAGCGUGUUGCAGAUGAUAUAAGUUCAGCUAUGGCUGAAAAAGAUGAGCAAUUCUAUAAUAUAUUAGCUUUGAGUUAUAAUUACUUGUCGUAUCAUUUGAAGUCAUGUUUUCUGUUUAUGGGAGCUUUCCCCGAAGAUCACGAGAUUCGGGCCUCUAAACUCGUAAGGAUAUGGGUAGCUGAGGGGUUCCUAGAAUCAAAUGGAGAUAAAAGCUUGGAAGAGAUAGCUGAGGAAAACUUAAAGGUUCUUGUUGACAGAAAUCUUGUAAUGGUAAGAGAACGGAAGUCUAAUGGCAAAGCAAAGAGUUACAGCAUCCAUGAUCUUUUGAGGGAUUUGUGCGUGAAGAAAGCUGCAAAGGAUAAGUUUCUUCAUGUCAAGAAUUGGCAAGUUCACAAUGUACCAGAAGGCUUGUCCUACUUCCCUCGCCGUGUGAGUGUGCAUCAAUCAUAUCGGAUCAGAGAUGUUUAUGGUUCAACAGAAUUUAUGUCUCUUCUGCGUUCUUUUCUUUGCAUUGGUCUUGCAUCACGUGUGAUUCUCUCUCCUGUUUUUUUUGCAUUAAGAUUGCUGAGGGUGUUGGAUGUACUGGACAUAGAAUUCCACCAGUUUCCGACAGAAUUAUUGGGGCUAGUCAACUUACAUUACUUGGCUUUCUCCUGCAACUCAGACUUCCCUUCCGCGAUAUCCAGAUUGUGGAAUCUGCAAACCUUAAUUGUUCAGUCAAGUUUAUUUUAUAUGUAUUUGCCAUCUGAAAUAUGGGAGAUGCCAGAGUUGAGACAUAUCAAGUUUAAGAAAACACGUAUCUGCAUUGAUGAUGCAUACAGGAAAAAGAAUGUUCAAAGAAAGCUUCAAACAAUCUCUUGUACGACUUUAGAUCAAUUAAUUGAUUGCAAUCUCUUAGGAAACAUUCCGAACAUUAAAAACUUGGGAAUCCACUCUGCCAGCCCGUUCCAUGUCGAUCUUUCCCAUCUGCAUAGACUUGAAAUUCUGAAAUGCUCUGCUCGAAAAUGGUCUCGAACUUCAAUAUCCAAACUCGAUUUCCCUCCUUCAAUUAGAAAGUUAACUCUGAGUAAGUUAACUAUACACUGGGGAUUCAUGACAACUAUUGGUUUGCUACCCAAUCUUGAAGUGCUCAAAAUACGGAAGUGCACCUUCAAGGGCCAGGAAAUGCAGCCAAGAGAUGAUGAAGAGUGGGUGCUGACAGAAGGGGAAUUUUGCUCAUUGCAGUUUCUCCUACUUGAAAAGCUGAAGAAUCUUGUGCAUUGGCAGGCCGAUGAGACUCACCUCCCAAGACUCCGGCACCUUCUCAUUCGCGGCUGCUCUGCUCUAGAGGAAAUACCAAGCGGCAUUGGAGAGAUACCAACACUUGAAAUAAUUGAGUUGGAUGAAUGCAGCCCUUCUGUUGUGGCUUCAGCUAAACAGAUUCAGGAGGACCAACGUGAAUAUGGGAAUGAUGGCCUUGAAGUUCGUAUCAGUUAGAGCCUUGCAGCUCUCGUCACUUUCUGCUUGCUGAUCAAUUUCCAAGGUUUUGGAAGAAGCCCGGAAGCACAAGAGGGAGUCGGCAUCAAGAUCCAUAGACCUCCUGCACUUCAAACUACAGAAGCCCAUCUCCAAGGACGACUCCUCCAAAAAGAUCAAGAAGAACAAGAAACGCUGGUGGC